GGAGCCGGCGGGGAAGGAGCAGGGCAGUGGCGCAGCCUGAAAAGGGAGCCUCCUCCCAUCCCAAACCGAAAAGCUUCCGCUUCCAGCUGCUCCGGGGCAUCACCAGUUCACCACCGCUUUGACCUCCAACCCAUAGCCCAAUCCACCCUGUCCUCCUCGUCUCUUCCACAGUUCCACUCCUAUAAAUCUCCUCCUCUUCUCCCGAUUCGCCACCUAAAAGUGGCGCCUUUCCCCAAAUCCACUACCAAGAAAGGGCGCUUCUUGGACGGCGUGCUGUUGAUUACUAUACUUUCUUGCGGCCGCGAUGGAGGGCAGGGCCGGCGGCGACUACAUUGCCAGCCUGCUGAGCUCGUCCCCGAGGCUCGACUUCGGUGCACUCGGCGGCGUGACGGUGCUGGACGGCGCGGCGGCGGGUGGCGACGGCGGGGACUGCCUGGAGAAGUUCUGCGGCGACCCGGGGUUCGCGGAGCGGGCGGCGCGGCUGUCCAGCUUCAACGGGCAGCGCUUCGCCGGCGCUGGCGGCCUCUUAGGGCUGCCGCCGACCGCACUCGCGGCGAGCAACGGCGAGUUCGCCGGUUCUCGGGAAGCGUCGUCUGUGUCCGACCCGGCAUCGGCGAUGAGGGACGCCAAUGCCAAGAAGAGGAAGGCGCCGAUCGGGGCCAAAGGCAAAGGCAAGGAGCCUUCUUGCCAGGCGGGGGAGCAGAAGGAUCCGGAUGCCAAGAGGUGCAAGACGGAGGGAGGCGAAAGGAAGGAGAGCCCCGUGAAGCCCAAGGCGGAGCAGGCCGGGAGCGACAGCUCCGUCGAGGACGGCGGGCAGAAGCCGGGGAAGGAGAAGAAUGCCAAGCCGGUAGAACCCCCCAAGGACUACGUCCAUGUCCGGGCAAGGAGAGGGCAGGCUACUGACAGCCACAGCCUCGCAGAGAGGGUAAGAAGAGAGAGGAUCAGCCAGAAGAUGAAGGUUCUCCAGGACCUGGUGCCCGGAUGCAACAAGGUGAUUGGCAAGGCACUCAUGCUUGAUGAGAUCAUAAACUAUGUGCAAUCGCUGCAACGGCAAGUCGAGUUCCUUUCUAUGAAGCUAGCAACUGUGAAUCCACUUGACUUCAGUAACCUGCCUACUCUCCUACAGAAAGAUAUGUUCCAAGCCUGUGGCCCUUCAGCGAGUUUGGUUUUCUCGCUGGAAAGUUCCAGUUCAGGUUUUCUAUUUAGUGAUCAAGGAGAUGUUUUCCAAUCGUUUGUGCCGAACGGCAUGGAGAACCAAUGCACCCUGAACGCCCUAGACCUGGCUGUGUCUCAGACUACCAAUGGACAGUAUGCUUUUCAGGAUGGAACGCCCAGUUCAAACAUGCAGCAAAGGAACUUCUGGGAGGAGGAUCUCCAAAGUGUUCUCCAUAUUGACAAUGGUCAAACUAGCCAGGAGAAUGGGGUUUCAGCACAGAGCUUUCAUGGUCAAUUACAAGCAGACCACAUGAAAAUGGAGUUCUAAUCAGUGUAGACAUCGGUCGAGGAAAUGAUUUGUACAUAGCUAAACCUAAGUACAACAUCAGUGGCAGUGGCAAGCGAAGCUCUGAACUCUGAAGCUAACAGUCUUUAGGCUCUGGGAGACGAAUUUGUUUAUCAUAUCCUGCCUGUAGGGCGAUGUGAUUCUUUCAAAUUUCUGGGAACUAAUAUUAAGAAGAUAACGUAACGAUCAAUAGUUUGUGUAUAAGAUAUGGUGCAAAUAUUACAAGCACUACUUUCUAUUAUGUAUGAGCUGGCAAAGUAGCUAGAUGGAACCAUGCACUACUACAUGUUGUCUGUGAUAGUUAUUCUCACCGUAUCACAAGUGCUGAUGAGUGACGUUCCAUCAUUUCCCCUUCAGAUUAGCUGUAUUAUUGCAAGCUGUAUAAUUUUCCUAUCUUGCAUUAAUAUUCCAU